UAUCAGUUGUUAUCAAUUAGUUGUCCCGUCGUUACAAAAAUGAGACAACUAAAAUACAUUUAAUGUUGGAGUGGCUUACAUUUUUAUUUUUAUUAUUUUUUCUUACAUUUUACAAUUAAGAGAUCAAAGUAUAUGCAAAGCAAUAGUAUUGAACACAAUUUGGUUAUUUGAUUUGCUUCCGUUACAGAUAUUUUAUUUCAUACCAAUUUUUCUUACCGUUUGUCUGUUGACGUACUAGUUCUUUGUGUAAUGGAUGACAUUAAAAAUAUUAUCAAUUUGAUGUCAAAAAUCACUUCGAUCAUUGACCCUGGUGAUGCGUCGUUUGAAAAUAACUUAAAAUGUGUUUUAGAACUUGAUCAGUCUUUGGGAUAUUCUAAUGAAUAUGCCAAUCAAAGUACUAGAUUUUCUUAUGUUAUGAAAACAAUUGAAUUAUUGACUCGGUUAAAAGACUGUCUGUUAUUGCAUCCUAAUGAUCACAUUGGUGAAAUUUUAAGUGUCAGUCAAUGUGCUACUGUAUCAAAAUGCAUAAAUUCUGUAAUAUCUUUUGGAUUGAUUCCAUGUCUUAUUCCAAGUGUAUGGAAAUCAUUUAAUUAUAAAAAUAAACGGAUUAUUGAAUUUACUGAAGAAAUUUCCCCAAAUACGAAAUAUAAAGAAUUAAAAUUUAAUGUGAAUUCAUUGUUUGCAUUAAUGAAAGAUCCAACAUUUAAGAAAUUGAUUAUUGUGGAACACUCUGAUGUUUUACUAGCAGGAUUAUGUCAGUUAUGUUUGUUACCCAUUGCAAAACCAGGUACAAAAAUUGCUAAAGAAAGUGCUAUAGAUGAAUUGAAAUACGAACAGUUGAUAAAAGAACAGAAUACAUUUAAGAAUAUUCUCAUAGAAAAAAUUUUAUUGGAUAAAGAUCCUUUUUUUAUUCGAGAAGUUAUAUUUGUAAUUGGUCUUAAGAAAAUUCAAAAACAUUUGAAACUUGGUCUUGAAGAACUGUUUUCUGAUUUAUUGAUACAUGAUGAUGGAAUUCAAACAUUUUUGAGAAUUGCUUGUGAUCAUGUUGCAGAAACAUCUCAAAAUUUAGACGGCAUAGGUCUUCAUGAAUGGUCAAAUUUAAUUCAUAGUUAUUAUACUAAAUCCAAUUUAAAGUAUAAAAAAUAUAUUGUUCCUCAGAUAUGGAAUUUGUUAAGAUCCAAUGCAAAAGUUCAUCAAUAUAAAUUUCGUAGCAUCGGUGUUUUCUGUGUUCAUCUUAUGUUCUCAGAAAAUUAUAACGAUUUUUUAGAAUAUUAUUUAAAUCCAAUAGAACAAUUAAUAAAAAGAAGUAGACUUCAAAUGACUGAAAUAUUUGCAGAACUGUCAACAUCUAUUGAAGAUUUAUAUACACUUUUUUACCAAUUCAGAGAUGCCAUGUGGUCUUUAAACCCAAAAUUAUUAGUAAAUGUUGCUCCAACUAUUUAUAAUUUAUAUACAGCUACCGCUUCUGGUGUAUAUCAUUUAAAAUCUAAAUUAGAAGACUUAGUCUUCUUAAUAUUGACUAAUUUUUCAGAUAGUAAAGAUCAUUUAAAACUAAUAAUAUUUUCAAGGUACUUAAUUGAUGCUAUCUAUGAUGAUGAUGGAAAUAUUAGUAUCAAAUGUACUCAUAAUGAACAUCAAUUAAAUUUAGAAAGCCAAGUAAAUGUUGUUAUAGAUUUGAUUGACAGACGUUUUGAUUUAAAAUCAAUGAAAUUUAUGUUUGUUACUUUAUUAGACAUGUACAUAGAUACAGCAUCAGAUGAAUAUACCAUUAUGGAAAAAUUGUUUAUUAUUAAAGCUAUUAUUCACUUGAUUGAAAAAAAUGAUGUACAGAAUUCAAUAUCAAAAGAUCCUGAAAAUGUUUUAAAUUUGAUCAAGUCAUUAUUACAAAAUAUUCAUGAAGAUAACUCAGUUGAUUUCGAAUUUUUAACCAUCAUAAUAAUGGUCCUUGGUAGUGUUUUAGAAAAUAUUGAUCAAACAUUUAUCUAUCAGCUAGACUUCUUCUCAGAUUAUUUACCAAAACUUUCCGAAAACAUUGAUGAUACAGUUCUUAAAGAUAUGUUGCUGGAAAUUUGCCAAAAAAUUAAAAGGAUUAAAAAUUCUUGUAUAAAAGAGCCAAUUAGUGAUCAACGUACAAUUGAUGAUGUAUUGAACGACACUAGGGACCCAUUAUUGCCUUGUAGAGCUCAUGCAUUGAUGGAAUUAAAAAAAAUGAUAGAAUCUGGUGAUGAGACGGUUCUUGCUAAGAAAUCAAUCAUUUUAAUUGUAAUUCAGGAAAAUUUGAAAAAUGUUGAUUCAUAUAUAUAUUUAAGUGCUAUAUUCACAUUGUCAUCAUUGUGUUCAUAUUACCCAGAUGAUAUAAUGCCGAUACUUUGUGAAGUGUAUGUCAAUCCAACAAUUUGCCACCAUUCAUCUGAAACCAGAUUAAAAAUUGGUGAAGUUUUAAUGAAAACAGUAAAAUUUUUAAAUGAAACUAUACCUUGGCAUAAAAACCGGUUAAUAAACACUUUUAUGGCUGGUGUCAGGGAUGAAGAUCAUUUACUCAGAGCGUCAAGUCUAUCUAAUUUAGCUGACGUUUGUCGAUUGUUACGUUACAAAUUAGGAUCAAUUGUCGCUGAAAUUGUUAAAUGUGUGGAUUAUGUAUUAAAUUUUGAUCUAGCAGUUGAACCCCGUAGAGCGGCUGUUUUAUUAUUUCAGAUGAUCAUUGAAGGGUGUAGCUUAGAACUACUUGAAAUUUGUGAAGGCAGUAUAAAAGAUAUUUAUCAUAUAUUGAAACACCAAUAUCAGUGCAGUAAGGAUGAAACCACCAAAUUACAUGCUCAGAUAGCAAUUGAGAGAUUAAACGAUGUAAUGAAAGCAUUAUUUUUAAACGACAAAAAUAUUUUAAAAUAAAGACUGAAUAUAUAUAUAUAUAUAUAUUCAGUCU